AUGCAGCCAAGGCGGCAAGCUCCCGUUACACUCACAACGCUCAAUGAUGACUGUUUGUUGCUGAUCUGUGGGCAAAUUCCAAUUAGAGACCAAUUCAUGCUGCUGCAAUUGGGAGGCCGCCUUCGACAGCUCGUGUUGCAUGUUUGGCGUCGCAAAUAUGCCGACGAGUUCGAUUGGCAACUGGCGCCACAAUUAAAGUUUCUAAACGCCAACGAGCAGUGCCAACUGCUAGGACACAUGGCCAGGAUGACGAGGGCGCUGCUUAAUCUGGAUGCCAGCGAGGAGGCACUGUUGACCUGGCUAACAGAGGAAGCGAAAUGGCAACGCUUGACCGACAUGCAAAGAAUAAGCUUUACGAAAUGUAACUCGAGGUUGCUGCAACAAUUGUCUGGAGUCUGCCACAGCAUUGUUCACCUGCAACUUGGCGCAUGCCAGGAUGUAACACCCGCGGAUCUUGUCACGCUUUUUGGCCAACUGACGCACUUGAGGGUGUUUGAGCUGCUGCCAGGCGGCAGGAACAGUGGCUGCAUCUGCAACAGGGAUGUCUCAGUCUUGGCCAAGAUUGAAUAUUGCCAGACAUUGCACUCUCUGAAAUUGCCGUCGUGUGCGUUGCGAGCAGCGGCCGUGCAAAUUGCUCGACUGCCACAGCUGCGGCAAUUGACAGGCUUCCUUUGUUGCAGCCGCGACAUGGACGAUGACAAAGGGAAGGAGGCAAAUGCUGGCGCUGUGGCCACCGCGACCAUUUCCGCUUGCCUCACGGCGUUGAUCGCCUGUCAAAUUGUGGCAUUGAAUUUGCAAUGCCAACUGGAUGGCAGCCUGCUUCGGAUGUUGCAAGGCCACGUGGGAGUGCUGCAGCUGCAUCGCUUUGCGUGGCACUCACAGUUGAUGGUGCACUAUGACGCGACGGAUGGUAGCAUCAAGUGGCUGCCACAGCAGCCGCAAGUGGCGCGUGAUAUUCUCCACUUCAUUGUCAGUCAGGCGGCGAGUUUGCAUGAAUUGGAUUUUACGCGUAAUGUGCAUGCCACGCCCACAUUUCUAGCCCAACUCGAUGAGUAUUUCUUGUUCAGCGGAAGUGGCAAGUUGGGGCAAGCUAGUCAGGUGGCUGUGUGGCAUGAUGGUUGCCCCAGGCCACGAGUGUCAAAGGAGAACCAGCAUACAAAUGUCAACAGCAAUGAUUUGGCCUUUGUGGACUUUGAAUUGAAACAUUUGGCUAAUGAAAAGACACAAUGAUAAUAAACUAAGAGAAUUGCGACUGCAGGAUAUCAAUUUUAUCAAGGACUGCAGACGGGUUUAAAUAAAAAUAAACAUACGAGUGUUUAUUUUAAAAUAUAAAAUGGAUUAAGAAUCUUAUGGAUAUCAUAAGACACAUUUUUAUGUCAGCCAAUAAAUUAAAUUAUUAUAAUACAAAUAUAA